AUGCCCAGCUAUGCUAAAUUCUUGAAGGAGAUCCUGUCUAACAAAAGAAAGCUGGAAGAACAUGAGACAGUCUGCCUGAACGAGGAAUGCAGUGCAAUUCUAUUGAAAAAGCUACCUCCUAAACUAAAAGACUCAGGGAGUUUCACGAUACCUUGCAAAAUUGGUUCUAAUUAUUUUGAACAUUCUUUAUGCGAUUUGGGUGCCAGUGUUAAUUUAAUGCCUCUCUCUAUUUACAGGUCUCUUAGAUUGGGAGGGGCAAAACUUACAACAAUCUCAUUGCAACUGACUGAUAGAUCAAUCAAACGAUCGAAGGGGAUUAUUGAAGAUGUGCUAGUGAAAGUUGAUAAAUUCAUUUUUCCGGCUGACUUCAUCCUAUUGGACAUGGAGGAGGAUUCAAACAUCCCUCUAAUCUUGGGAAGACCCUUCUUGGCUACCGGAAGAGCGCUAAUUGAUGUUUACGAUGGAAAGAUGAUUCUUUGA